AUCGACGUCCAUAGUAGUAGUAGGUAGUUUGCCGGGUGAGAGAUGUCCCCUUCUCCCCCCGCCUCUUUGCAGUUACCGAAAAAACCCAGAGGAACUAGUAAUUGCAGAACUGCAAAAAGAAAAACCCUACUGCAAUCCCACCACCACCGCCGACAAACAGACACUUCCGACAACGGGACAUCUGUCUCUAAGUCUUUCAAUGGCGGGCUCGGUCGAUGAAGCCGCGAAGGCCGUCUCCAAUCUUGAAGUCAAUUCCACUGAAGAAACCGUCAGCAAAAAUGCCCGUAAAAAGGAGCUCAAGAACAAGCAGAGGGAGGAAGAGAGAAAGCGCAAAGAGGAAGAACGAGCCAAGCAGGCUUCUGCAAAGGCUAGCUCUCAAUCUUCAAAACCCGCCGGAGAUGAAGAGGAUAUGGACCCCACGCAAUAUUUUGAGAAUAGAAUCAAGUAUCUUGACGUCCAGAAGACUGAAGGGAAAAAUCCUUAUCCUCACAAGUUCUUCGUCACCCUGUCCAUUGCUGAGUAUGUGGACAAGUUUGGGAGCCUGAACAAUGGGGAACAUCUUGAAGAUGCUUCUGAAUCUUUGGCUGGCCGGAUCAUGAAUAAACGUUCGUCCUCUUCGAAACUCUUCUUCUAUGAUCUUCAUGGCGGUGGUGCGAAGGUUCAAGUAAUGACUGACGCAAGCAAGUCUGGCAUGGAGGAAGCUGACUUUUCAAAGUUUCACUCUGCUGUGAAACGUGGGGACAUUGUUGGUGUCACUGGAUUUCCAGGGAAAACGAAAAGAGGUGAACUUAGCAUUUUUCCGAGAAAAUUUGAAGUCUUAUCCCAUUGUCUUCAUAUGAUGCCACGACAGAAAGCUGCCCCUGGUUCUGAUAAUGCUGGUGUGAAGAAAGCUGAAGUUUGGCAUCCUGGAUUGACUAGGAAUCCUGAAACAUAUAUUUUGAAGGAUCAGGAAACACGAUAUCGUCAGCGAUAUCUUGAUCUUAUGGUGAAUUCUGAAGUACGCCAUAUAUUCAAGACUAGAGCUAAGAUAAUUUCAUAUAUCAGAAGCUUCCUUGACAACCGGGAUUUCUUGGAGGUUGAGACGCCUAUGAUGAACAUGAUUGCUGGUGGAGCAGCUGCUCGCCCAUUUGUGACUCAUCACAAUGAUCUGAACAUGAGGCUGUUCAUGAGAAUAGCUCCUGAACUUUAUCUCAAGGAGCUAGUUGUUGGGGGGAUUGAACGUGUUUAUGAGAUUGGAAAACAAUUCAGAAACGAGGGCAUUGACUUGACACAUAAUCCUGAGUUCACAACCUGUGAGUUCUACAUGGCCUUUGCUGAUUAUAACGACCUCAUGGAGCUCACUGAACAGUUGUUAAGUGGAAUGGUCAAGGAACUUACUGGUGGUUACAAGAUUAAGUAUCAUGCAAAUGGACUUGAUAAAGAUCCAAUAGAAAUUGACUUCACGCCUCCUUUCAGGAGGAUAGAGAUGAUAGGUGAGUUGGAGAAGAUGGCCAACCUUAACAUUCCAAAGGAUAUCGCCGGUGAUGAGGCUAACAAGUACCUGGCUGCUGCAUGCGAGAGAUUUGAAGUAAAAUGUCCGCCCCCUUUAACAACAGCUCGCCUGCUGGACAAACUCGUGGGGCACUUCCUGGAAGAGACAUGCACAAAUCCUACUUUUAUCAUUGAUCAUCCUGAGAUAAUGAGUCCUCUCGCGAAGUGGCAUAGAUCCAAACCUGGCUUGACUGAACGUUUUGAAUUGUUUAUCAACAAGCAUGAACUUUGCAAUGCGUACACCGAACUGAAUGAUCCUGUGGUGCAACGACAUAGAUUUGCUGAUCAACUGAAGGACCGAAACUCUGGUGAUGAUGAAGCAAUGGCUUUGGAUGAAACGUUUUGCACCGCUCUUGAAUAUGGUUUGCCUCCAACUGGUGGAUGGGGCUUGGGUAUUGACCGGCUUGCUAUGCUCCUAACUGAUUCACAAAAUAUCAAGGAAGUACUUCUCUUCCCAGCUAUGAAGCCACAGGAUGAACCUCCCACUAAAGUUGCAGCAGCAGUACCAGCAUCAUCAUGAGGAAUUUUUUAUUUGCCGUUAACCUAAUCUACUGCUUUAUGCUUGACAUUGAAGGGUAGAUGAGAUUGGCUCUUCACCUCCAAUUUUUGUUUGUAAGAUGAGUAACUAGGCAAAUGGCUCUUCCAUUAGCCAAAUGUAGUUUCCUUGGUUAUUUUGUCAUUGUUAAACUUGCAAUACUUUUUUCUUUUGUGUGAUUGUCUUAAUUUCUUGCAGUAUCUAUCUGCGGAACUUGUUGCCAUCAGCUGACAUAUCUCCAGACUUAGAUUGGUCCCUUGACCCUUGAACUGAACUGCUAGGGCUAUAGUGUCUGUAUCUCUCUUGUCAUACGUCCUCUGUCACCUCUGUUUUGGUUCAUCCUAAAAAAGCAUCAUUUACUCU